CCCAGCACACACACUGGGACAGAGCAGGCUCCUCAGGCCUCCAGGAUGCCCAUCCCUGCCUCCCGGCCCCGCCCCCCUCCUCCUUGCCUGCUGCUGACUCUACUGCUGGGACUCACAGGAGUGGCAGGUGAGGAGCUGCAGGUGAUUCAGCCUGAGAAGUCAGUGUCUGUUGCAGCUGGAGAGACGGCCACUCUGCGCUGCACCAUGACCUCCCUGCUCCCUGUGGGGCCCACUCAGUGGUUCAGGGGGACAGGGCCAGGCCGGGAGUUAAUCUACAGUUUCAAAGGAGGCCACUUCCCCCGAGUAGAAAAUGUUGGAGACACCACAAAGAGAAACAGCACGGACUAUUCCAUCCGCAUCAGUAACGUCACCCCAGCAGACACUGGUAUCUACUACUGUGUGAAGUUCCAGAAAGGGAGCCCUGAUGACGUGGAGUUUAAGUCUGGACCAGGCACCCAGCUCACCGUGAGUGCCAAACCCUCUCCCCCUGUGGUAUCAGGCCCCACGGCGAGGGUCCCACCUGAGCAGACAGUGACCUUCACCUGCGAGUCCUAUGGCUUCUCCCCUAGAAACAUCACCCUGAAGUGGUUCAAAAAUGGGAAUGAGCUCUCAGCCUCCCAGACCAACGUGGACCCAGAAGGAGACGGCGUUUCCUACAGCAUCUCCAGCACAGCCAAGGUGGUGCUGGCCCCGGGGGAUGUUCGCUCCCAGGUCAUCUGCGAGGUGGCCCACGUCACCCUGCAGGGGGACCCUCCUCUUCGUGGGACGGCCAACUUGUCUGAGACCCUCCGAGUUCCGCCCACCUUGGAGGUUUCCCAACACCCCACGGCAGGGAACCUGGAGACCGUCACCUGUCAGGUGAACAAGUUCUACCCCCGGCACCUAAAGCUGACCUGGUUGGAGAAUGGCAACGUGUCCCGAACAGAAAUGGCCUCGACACUCAUAGAGAACAAGGAUGGGACCUUUAACUGGAUGAGCUGGCUUCUGGUGAACUCAUCUGCCCACAGGCAGGACGUGGUGCUCACCUGCCAAGUGGAGCAUGAUGGGCAGCCGGCGGUCACCAAACACCAUACCCUGGAGGCCUCUGCCCACCAGAAGGAGCAGGACACAGGUGGAACCCCUGGUGAAGAGCUGUCUACUGUCCCUCUGGUAGUCCUCCUCCUAAGCACAAAGCUGCUGCUGGCCAUCGGAGUCUCUGCCAUCUACGUCCACAGGAAGUGGAGGGCCUGACUGUAAGUCGCGGGGCUGGGAGGGCAGGCCAAGGUCUGUCCCGUAAAGGGGAAGGUCGGUAACAGGGGCCAUCCCACAGGUCACAAAGGGUCAGGACCCACGUGGAGUUAAGACAAGGUGACACACCUCCCUCAAUACGCUCAGGAGUAUUGUGGAUCCCUCUCAGAGGUUCUCCAUCCCAGGAACUGUGUGGGGUCCUGCAGGAGGAGGGCUGGAUCAAGGGUUUUCAAAGGGUGUCCACAGAGUCCUUGUGGUUCUGUGGAGGAAGUGGGCA